ACCUAUAAAUGCCUACCAAUCUCCACUUAACCGCAGUACCGUCAGGUAACCCACCAGAACCAUGCGGGCUUUAAUUCUACUCGCCCUUUUGGGCUUCGCUGCCGCCGUCCCUAGGAACAUACAACGCAUUGUGGGGGGCACUCCCACCACAGUGGAGGAAUACCCGUACAUGAGCAACAUGCAAUACGGGUGGCGGGGUAUCUGGUGGUAUCAGGCUUGCGGCGGCUCCCUCAUCAACUCACAGUCCGUCCUCUCGGCGGCGCAUUGCUACCUCGGUGACAGUUCUUCCGAAUGGCGAGUUCGCCUCGGCACGUCGCAGGCGUCGAGCGGCGGCACCGAGCACUCAGUGUCCCAGCUGAUCUUACAUGCCGGCUACAGCGACUGGACCCUCGACAACGACAUUGCUAUCAUCCGCCUUGCCACCCCCGCCGUAUUCAGCAACAGCGUGGCUCCCGUCAGCAUCGCUGGCGCCAACUACAACCUCGCUGAUGGCACCCAAGUCACUACCAUCGGAUGGGGCACUCUCUCCAGCGGCGGCAGCUCUCCUGAGCAGCUCCAGCACGUAGACAUCUUCACCAUCAACAUGGACUUCUGCAAAGAAAGAUACGCGUUCCUGAAGAGUCAGCCCGGUUUCCAAAGUUGGCCCGAUGUAACUGACAACAUGCUGUGCGCCGGUAUCCAAAACGUCGGCGGCAAGGACGCCUGCCAGGGCGACUCCGGCGGUCCUCUCGUCCACAAAGGCACCACCGACGUGCUCAUCGGUGCCGUGUCCUGGGGCUACGGGUGCGCCCACCAGGACUAUCCCGGUGUCAACGCUCGCGUCAGCAGAUACACCGAAUGGAUCACCGCCAACGCUUAAAACCGUAACACGUAUAAUAAACCCUUGUUUAUAAUGAAA